AUGCAACAGUGCGCAGCAAGCUCAAGAUGGUCUCCUCAAAAUAUUGUGACGUUACCUGAUGGUACUCGUCGAGACCAGUUCGCCGAGUUCCAUGCAAGCAAAACGCGACAGUAUAUUGAUAAAACUAUGGCAAAAGGUCGUUGGGUGGAGGUCUGGAUCUUUGCCGCCUUUCAAACUCGUGUCGCUGUGCCUCUUCGCUUGAACUAUCCUGGGACAUUUUCGACACAUGGAAACAGCUCUCCUGGUGCCUAUUUAGCACCGCCCAAAGACUUACGCGAUUUGGAAUCCAGACGACGGACGUGGUGGAUGACCAUCAUAUUUGACCGAAUUGCAUCUGUCGGUGGAUGGAUUCAUGCGGUCGAUGAAAGAGAUCUCGGUACAGAACUGCCAUUGCGGACUGCAGACUUUGAGUCAGAGCACACAGAGCUGACUGGGGUCGGCGUGACAAAGUCUCCCAUCCCGAGCAACCCGCAAGACCUGACCACUCCCAACCUAUUCACUGAACAUCCUCCACAUUAUACAGACUCGUUUCUUCUACUCAUUAAAGCAGUCAUGCUUUUUGGAAGAGUUACUGAUUUCAACGUCAGGGGUAAUCUAAGAGCUCCUACAGCGCCAAGCAAGAAUCAGAAUCCAUUUUUCUUACCUGGCUUCGAGGAACUUGACAAACUAGUUUGCUCAGACUUUUUGGAAAGUUUGCCUCACAUCUACAGAAAUAACACUGGGGUAACCGAACAACCCGAUGGCACAAGCAGCUCAUUGGACACAGAUCUGUACAUGGUUCACAUCAUCCCACAUGCUGCGACAAUUACACUUCAUAAUCCCUAUAUCGAUUUCACAGACCCACAAAAUGUGUCGACUGCACGAUGUGUCAAUUCCGCGCGGUGUAUUUUAGGAGCAUAUUAUGUUCUAUCAGCGACAUCCUUAGACAUCACUAGACUGCAUCCGUUUGUGACAAUUUGUUGGUAUCUAGCUGCAGUAGUGCAAGUACAGCUUUGCAAAUACUUCAUUGAAAUCAAUGAUUCAGAAAGGGAAUCAACUGUAUGGGGAGAAAUUAACGUCCUUCGGUUCGCCAUGAUGGAAUAUGGUCAGAGAUCACCCAUCGGAACUCGUCAGGAAAGGCUAUUGCAGGGUCUUAUGCGAGAGAUCGUUCGCAUGACUGCACAAAAGCAACCUCUGGAAGUUGGUGUCCCUCUUUUCCCAUUUUCGCACACCACUUUGUUCCAGAAGGAUGUUGGGUCUGGAUCGCAGAGUGAAGAAGGUUCCACCGCCGCUCUGUUACCAGUUAGUCCACCCUACGAACAACAGUCGCUACCUGGACGCCAUUCAUCCGUACAUCCAACAUCCCCCAACGGUAGCCUUUUGGGAUCAACUUGGCCAAGGCGCGAUGCCUCGGGCUCCCCGGCGACGAAUAACUACGCGUUGUGA